AUGCCCGUCCCUUCAGAGCGCAUCGCCAAUUUACAGACCAAGAUAUGGAGCGGCUCACUACCUCUCGAGAUCAGACUCGCGGCCGCAGACUGUCGUACAUAUGAUCAGUCCGAGCCAUACAUAAUACAGUACCCACGACUGUCAUACUUAGCUUUCCUGUUGCCACGACUGUACAGCUUCUUCGCCACCUCGCUCAUUCACCCUGACAUUUCAGCUCCCGAAGCAUGGCUCUCCUUCGAGGAUGUGCCCCUAAAGUGGAACCAUGCGGCAGGUCUGCUGUAUGAUCUAUACUCUGGAGCCGAUCCGGUCAAUGUCGAACGCCUUGGCGUUAUCCAGUCCAGCUCUCUGCACGGCCAGAUACCAAGUACAGUCUCGUCUGGACCUCUGCCGUGGCGGUUGACUGUACAUUAUUCUGACUUUCCACAUGAUCAACUGAUCCAACUAGACUUGGAUGGUAGGACUAUGCUCGAUGCCUUCAUCAAUGCCGUGAAGGAAGCAGAUUUCAUCCGAAAUGGUACGGCGAGGACCGUUAUGAGCCUGAGCAAAGAAGACUCAGACAGGCUGUGGUUGGCAGUGCGCACACAUGACCGCACUCUGUUCAACUCCAUGAACACAAAGCUUCUCAACCCACCAGGCCUCGAGCUACGCCACGUCCCAAUCAAGGUCUACCUCCCGACAUCAGCAUCUCAACCGGCUUCAGACACGAUACCAGAAGAAACGACGAUGGCUACAGCAGGUCACAUCCGGGUCGUACAGUUCCUUGCACCACUACUUUUGCCAUCAAAACACCCGCAGACUCUUGGCACGGCUUUGAAUACUGCUCUGCCCACCAUCUUUCCGAGCAGACGGAACCCGCUGCUAGCACAGCCUGUACUUCACGGUGCUGCUGUUCCGAUGGUGGCGAACCUGGAGGAGCUUAGUCGGGCAGUCGCCUACACCGACGGGUUCUUGCAUGUAGCUAUUGUUAUGCUUGGCUGA